AUGAGGAGUUUCAUUCUUGCAUUUGCCUUGCUGGGCCAGUGUUUUGCAGCAACAACGGUCGAAAUACUUGCAGGAGACCCGAGGUUUUCUAUGCUGGUUGGUUUUGUUCAACAGGCAGGACUUGUCGACGCAUUAAAUCAGGGUACCUUUACCAUAUUCGCCCCAAGCAACGAUGCAUUUAACAAAGUUCCAUCCGCAACACUCGCGGCACUCGGAGGUAACAUCACCGAGUUAACGAAAGUUCUAACCUAUCACGUGGUUGCUUCCUCAAUAAUGUCGUCCGCUGCGAAGAAUGAGCUGCAGGUUACAACUCUGAAUGGACAGAAAGCCAGGUUUAACGUCUAUGAUCAUAAUAACGCCGUGACGAUCCAGGGCUGCCAGAUAGUCGCAUUCGACAAGGUGGCGUCCAACGGCGUGAUACACGAGGUCUUUAACGUGAUGAUGCCGCCGACAGGGGACAUUGUCGACGUUGUUUCCAAGACCAGCAACGUCAGCACGCUUCUCUCACUUGUCCAAAUUGCUGGCAUCGCUCAGGCUCUUCAAGCGGAUGGACUGACCGUGUUUGCUCCCACGAACGAGGCAUUUGCCCGCCUUUCAAAUGAUCAGGUGAAAAAGAUCACUUCAAACCACGAUCUCCUCGUUGACAUCCUGCAGUACCACGUGGUCGCCCACACUGAGUAUGCGGCCGGACUAUACGAUCGAGAGUCCAUAAGAACCAUUGACGCCAACCGUGACACCAUCCAACUGCACGUGGAGGGAGGAGGAGUCCGAGUGAACACUGACGGUCGGGUAGUUCAGGCCGACAUCGGGACGACCAAUGGCGUCAUCCAUCUGAUUGAUCACGUGCUUAUUCCCUCCCGGCACCGCUUGGAACUCGUUGGCAGAUAA